AGCGUCUCCGUUGCUACGCUCACUUUCCGCUGCCGGGAAACCGAGUUUGCUUUCCUCCUCUUGUUUCAUCGUCGGCAACGUAAUCUGUCACAUAAAGAAACUGAACUUUAAAACACUUCUGUCUACAUAUCUGACCAACCAUGGCGAAUCCGCACCGUACGAACGUCCUGGUGACCUCGUGCCUGAAAACGCCGGUGGACCCGCACACCAAAGCGCCGCUAGCUUCCUACGAGCGGGGCAGAGUCCUGCCCUACUCGGCCACGGCCCUCUGGGACAACCGCGACUACGAGAAGGAACUGGAGUAUGAGGACUUGGCAUUGGAUUUCUGUCAUGAGGACUAUCUGGGAAAGGGGGGCCCUCACACGGGGAGUGGCCAUGCAGCAGCAGGAGACUGCCUCGACCUGAGUAAAAUCUUCUUCUCUAAUGAGGAAUACUACAGCAAGCUGGAGGAGCUCAAAAAGGCCCACCUGCGCACCAUGGCUGAGCUGGAGAGCAUGUAUCAACAAAAGCUUCAGCUUAAGUCCACCGAGCCCUUAGAUGUGGCAGCGCUGGAGCUCGGGCACAGGCUGCCCUGGUCCAAUAUGAGCCCCGCAGUUUCCCAUCGCCGUCUGAGAAGGUCGCGCUCCGCUGUUGAACUCAGGCGGGGCUCCGGCCUGUCAGACUCGUCGGAUGAGAACGAAGCUGGCGGUAACGUGGUGGAGAAAGGCCUCCUGUUCUCCCCUAAAGAGUGCAUCAAGAAUAUGUGGAAGGACUUCAAGGUGUCCCCCAGCACCCAUCGCAUGUCCUCCUCCUCGCUGCACAGCAUGCCCGGAGAGAAGAGGAGACCGAGGAAGAGACGGGAGAGAAGAAAGCAGGAACACUGGAAACCCAAAGGGACGGUCCCUAAGCCCUUCCACAUGACGCUGCGGGAAGCCGAGAAGCAGAAGCACGGCGUGAAGACGCGCUCUGAGGUGGAGCUGGAGAACGCAGAGCUGCGGAGACAGCUGGAGGAGCUGACCGAAUGCCAGAAGCAGUUCCGCGCCAGUCCAGUUCCGGCACAUGUCCACCUUCCGGUUUAUGAGGAGCUGCAGGAGCAGCGGAGGAGCGCGCGAGGGCGAGAGGCGCAGCGUCAUCGGACCGCUCAGAAGCCUUUCAGCUUCCUGGAGAGGGAGAGACUGAAGAAAGAGCAGAGGCAGCAGCAGCAGCAGCAAUCGGACCAGGAGAAAGUGAAACCCUUCAAAGCCAAGCCUGUGCCAAAAUCUGUGUAUGUAGCCGCGUCAGGGGAGCAGAUGAAGGAGGAACAGCUGUAUCGCUCCAUCAAGAUACAGAUGAGGGCCGAGGAGAUGCUCCGGAGCGCUUCGGUGCCUCCCAGCAUGCUCACGCGACGUCUCAGUGAUCGGAAGAAGACCAAAGAUGGAGGCGCUGCAGGGGGGGCAGAAGAUGCCUUCUCUCACAGACCUCAGAUUAACAAAGAGGUGCCUGAUUUCGGCGCCAGUUACCGACGCUUCCAGAAGCAGCUGGAGAAAAGAAAGGAGGUGAAGCCCACGACCGCGUGUGAGCCCUUUGAUCUGAGAACCUCCCAAAUCCCUUCCCACCGGGAGCGCAUCCUGGCAGACAUCGAGAAGGACCAGGGCAGCCCCCGGAUGCUGCGCUGGCCUCACAUCAACCCCGGAGCCGCACGCACCCCCAACUCAAGCCUCUGCUCGUCCCUCUCAGGAAGUCUGGAGCUGCUUCCUGCCAAAGUCACAGACGCAACCAAAAGGCGUCACGAGGCCGUGAGAAAGGCCCUGGAGCAGAGGAAAAAGGCUGAAGAAGAAGAAGAGCGAUGGAGGGAGAAGCAGAGGGAGAGGGAGAAGAAGCUGCAGAGGAUGGUGUUAAAGCGCGCCGAAGCCAAUGACCCCCAUCUCGCUCUUUCGCAGACGAACAACACCAAACUGAAGGAGUUCAGGAAACAAGACCUUCAGCGCAAGAAGGAAUACCGACAGGAGAUCCGAGAGAUGCGGGAGAGGGUGAAGGGAAGGCCUCUGCUGUUGGAGCAGGUCACACAGAGGAACGCUAAACAAGCAGCAGAGAAGCAUUACGUGGAAACCCUGCAUGGAUGUGAUGUGACCGAGGACUUUAUUAGCAGCAAGGCAGCCAAAUCCGCAUCGGAGCUGACCUCCACGCCCAGCGACUAUAAUCCCAGUGACCAGGAGGACGCGGACUGUAGAACAGUUCAGUACAAAAAGGUCUUCCUGGAUGAUGAAGACGUUCCUUUUACUGCUGAGGAUGAAGAAGAAAGGGACGAGCAGGAGGGUGAAAAGGCCUCUCUGGACCGGGAGGACGCCAGCGGUCGCUCCUCUGAACAUGACGGCCGUGGUGAUAGUCCCCACGACUCUGAGCAAAGUUACCACUACUCAGACGAUCAGGAGAAUUUCUCAGAAGACAGCGAGCAUGAUGUGGACGUCAAACAGCAGGAAUCAGUAGGCUGACAAUGUUAAAAGCCAACAAAUAUCAGCCAUAGACAAAUGUUUGUGUUCAAGAGCUCAGGAAUAGAUUCUAGGUUGUAAUUGUGAAUCUGUGGGUGAAACGGAAGAACAGAAAACGGACCCUGAGUCUACCGUGAUGAGUACUGACUGUCUCUGAAAUCUCUUCAGCUGCUCAUUCAUCUCACUAUCACAUGGAUAAUUGUCAUUUGUAAUAGUUUAGCAAGCUGUUGGAUACAUGUCACAGUCAUACAUCAUUUGUACUGCAUACACUUUGUGACUUGCAAAAAAAAAUAAAUCCAGCCAUCCAUGGCCUAUAUCUGCUA